AUGGGAACAGAAGCAAACGAAAAUAGCGUCCUUAUGGGAGAUCACGCCAAGAACAAAAAAGAUGUGGACUACGGCCAUCCCCCAAAAGAUGGACACAAUGAGAAUUCUCUUCAAUUCGCUGGAGUUCUACUUGUCUGUCAAAUCAUUUUCAUGAUCCUCUUUGGUCUGUUUGUCCGCUACAACGAUGGAGGAGUAGAUGCUGAUAUGGAUCGAACAUACCCAUGGUUCCAGGAUACACAUGUUAUGAUUGUCGUCGGUUUCGGUUUCUUGAUGACUUUCCUCAAGCGAUAUGGAUGGAGUUCGGUCGGGUUCAACUUUUUGUUCACUGGAUUCACCAUCCAAUGGUCUCUCCUUUGUACCGGCUUCUUCCACGACAUUCUUCACACGAUCACCUCAGACGCCCAUGGUUCAAAUCACACUGCUGACCUGACUAUCCAGCUCAACAUGGGAAGAAUGCUCGAAGCUGAUUUCACCACCGGUGCGAUUCUCAUUUCUUUCGGUGCUGUUUUGGGCGUUGCCUCUCCCGUCCAGCUUCUCUUCAUGAUCCUCUUCGAAGUUGUUUUUUACAAUCUCAACGCUGUCGUCGUUGUCAACCAUAUCGGAGCAUCCGACAUUGGUGGUUCUAUGGUGAUUCACGCUUUCGGCGCCUAUUUUGGCCUUGCCGUCGCUCGGGUGCUUUACAAAUCUGACGGACAAAUGGACAACGCUGCUGAGGGAACUGAGUACCACUCCGAUAUGUUCUCUAUGAUCGGAACUGUUUUCCUUUGGAUGUUCUGGCCUUCUUUCAACAAACAUAUCCAAAAUGCCACUCUUGCUGGAGGUGUUGCUAUGGGCACAGCCGCAAACAUGCAAGUCCAACCAUUCGGCGCACUCUUUAUCGGAUUCUCCGCCGGUCUCCUCUCUACAGCUGGAUAUCAGUACAUCAAGCCUUUCCUCGCCGAGAAGUUCUCUCUUCAUGAUACCUGUGGAGUCAACAACCUUCAUGGAAUGCCCGCCAUCAUGGCUGCUAUCUUCUCAAUCAUCCACUGCGCUAUCAACGAUCAUGGUGAACCAGAUGGUCACCAGAUGAUGCCCCAAGUUUUUGCUCUUCUCGCUACCCUCGGAACUGCAAUUGCUACAGGAACUCUUACUGGUUGUUUCCUUCGACUUCCAGCUGUUGAACAUCUUGGCGCGUACGAGUAUUUCGAGGAUGGAAAAUACUGGGAAAUUGAAGAAGAAGAGGAAGACUAA